AUGAAAGCAUGGCCUGGGGGCGUUCAGCCGACCACCUUGCAGUGCUGGCCGCGGAGAUCUGAUGGUCAGGUGACCCGAUGUCGCAACCAAACAGCCAUUGUCCUCGAAGACACGCAGGACGGUUGGCCUGGACUUUGCGAGGGCAUGGUGAAGGUCACUGACUUGCAGGGCGAGGAGACGUGUCAGAUGAGGUGCAUGAUGUCUCCUCUUUGCUCUGUGUGGUCUAUAGAGACCACUUCAAACCCGAAUGGUUCACCCAUGUGCUGGAAUGGCAUGCUUGGGAAGAACUGUUACGGUGGAAAAGGCCCCGUGCCAGUUCGGGCACAAAGGCUCCAGCACGGCACGUACCGGGUCCUCAUGCAGACGACCGGCGUGCAGGUGCUAGGGCUUCACAAUAGCUUUGGAGGUACAGUCUUCAAGACUUGGGAGGAAGGCGCCAAGCAUUGCAAGUAUGAAUGCCGCUCGUUUCUUUUGUGCCAAUUCUGGCAGUAUUCAAAAACUUACGGGUGUUUCCUGGAGAUUCCGUCUGAGGGCACUGUGGGCUACCCGUUGACAACAUCAGGUCCCUUCCGGUCAGUUCGAUUGGACAGCGAAGCUGCGGCAGACGUCGUUGCUGGUGAGAUGUUGCAGCAUAACUGCGUGGGGGACGUGUCUCCCCUGCCAACAGCUAUGCCAACAGGCAACGAAGUCAAGCUAGUGGUGCCGGGUAUGGGGCCUACGGAUGUUCCGGCAACAGCGGCAGCAGGCAGUUGGCCUUGGUGGGUCAAUUAUUUGAUCUUCCUUUUCGUGGUGCUUGUUUUCUGCGUCAUUGUUACAGCCGUGUGGAUGGGCUUGGAAGACCGCAAGAAAAGGCGUGCCAGGGAGAAGAACGUAAGGAAGGCAUGGGACCCGUCGAUGGGUGGCCAGACUGUGGAACAGGCCGGAUUCUUGCAGAACAUCCACAUGCCUCAGAUGCCGCAGAACUGGCACAUGCCUAACAUGCAAUUCCCCUUUCAGGAUCAGAGUUAUCAGUCCGUUCCAGGCUACGGGGACCCUUCGGCUCACAUGCAAACUCAUGGCGGCCGGAUUGCUGGCCGAAGGUUUUAG